GUAAGAUAAUUUAUAAACAAAAACGUCAAAACACGCAAGUGAGCCGAAUAAGUUUUUUAAAAAUUGUGUUUAAUUAACCUAAUUUAUAAACCAGUUUAUAAUUACUUAAAUGAUGUAAAACACCGUUAAUUAAAAAACAGCAAUAUACAAAGUAACAAUGGCAGUAAUCCUCGGCGGUGGAAUUGGCGGAUUGUCCACCGCUUACUAUCUGCUGAAAAACAAUAUAAGUAAUAAUAAUAACUUGAAAUUAUUAUUACUAGAAGCAACAAAUUAUUGUGGAGGAUGGAUAAAGUCAAUAAAAACGAAGGAUUACACAUUCGAGCAGGGACCGCGGACUAUCCGGCCUAAAGGUAUCGUUGGAUUGAAUACUUUAAAUAUGAUUCAAGACUUGGGUCUCAGCGAGCACAUCUUCCCUAUUAAGUCCGAUCACCCAGCAGCUAAAAACAGAAUGAUAUAUGUUAACAAUUCCUUGCAUUUAUUGCCAUCUAGUUUAAAAGGCGUUUUCCAGACAAAUGAACCAUUUUCGAAGCCACUCAUAUAUGCAAUAUUCAAUGACUUGCGUAAUCCGCAUAAGCAAAUGAAAGAUGAUUCGAUUUAUAAUUUCGCCGAAAGAAGGUUCGGUAAAGAGAUAGCAGAUUAUGCAAUUGCUCCAAUGAUAUGUGGCAUUUGUGCUGGAGAUGCAAAAGAAAUAUCAGUGAAGUUCCUUAUGAAAACACUUUUUGAGUGGGAACAGAACUAUGGAGGUGUUAUGAAAGGUAUGAUGAAGUCAUUCCUGAAGGGUAAAAAUGAUAAUGACUUACAUUUAAGUGAACUGGCAAAGAAAGCUCAGGAAGAGAAAUGGAAUGUGUACACAAUAAAGGGAGGCAUUGCAAACUUUCCUGCUACCUUACUGCAACAUCUUAAAGAAAACAAUGUUGAUAUUAAAUUGAACAACAAAGUAAAUAAGAUAGAAUUUGUGGACUCAAGUACUGUGAAGUUGUUCAAUAGAACAGGAGAGGAGAUAAUAGCCAAUCAUGUGUAUGCUUCCAUUCCAUCACAUGCAUUGGCAGAUUUAGUCCAGAACCAGCAUCCAGAUCUGGCUGCAAACCUGAAAGGAAUACCAUUUGUAACAGUUGGCUUGGUUAACUUUUAUUUUGAUACAGACAAGCCUCUUAUUUCUCCCGCUUUUGGUUUUCUUGUGCCUCCAAUAGAGAACUCACCUAUUCUCGGUGUUGUGUUUGACUCUUGCUGUCUUCCUGAUCAAAAUGGUACCGUUUUAACAGUAAUGUUGGGUGGAAGGUGGUUUGAAGAAAAGUUUGGAGAGAAAGUAACUGAAAAAGAGUUGUUUGAGAUAGCGCAGCGUGAAUUACGUUCAAUAUUGAAUAUAGAGGAGAAGCCGGCGGCCCAUCACGUUAAAAUCCUAAAUAAAUGCAUUCCUCAGUACAUUAUAGGUCAUUAUGAAAGAGUGGAUAGUGUAAGGCAGUACAUACAAGACCACAAUCUGCCGAUUUCUCUUGUCGGCAGCAGCUAUGAUGGUGUUGGCAUAAAUGAUGUUAUCUAUUCUGCCAAGACUCAAGUUCAGUGAUAUACAACAUAUCAAUAAACAAGUGUAUACUCAAAUAAUUGUAAAAUAAGCUUAAACGCCAUUCCAGGCUGUACAAAUUGACAGAGAUUAUUAUGAAAGGGAUAAAUUUUAUAUAAGCAUUUACUGACUGCUAGGCUAAGGCUUUGUUACGAAUUUUUAUUGGUUACUUUGUUAUAGAAAAAUAAAAUAAACUUUUGCUAAUAUAAAUACUCAAGUUACCGCGCGCAAAAUAAAUUUCAUGGGAAUGUUAUUGAAAAAUUCUCCACACAUUUUUAAACUAUGGGACAAUAUAAAUGGGAAUGAUUUCACUGGUUUUAUUUUUUUGUUUGUUUUUUAUACACAGGUUGGUACUUAUUAAAAAGAUGAUGUUAA